AUGGACACACCAGCUGACAAACUUUUCACUGGUAUUGACUUUAGAUUGCUCUCACCAUGCACACCUAAUGUCUUUGACCUUGAAUACGCUUCGGAUGUUGAUGUGAAAAGAAUAUUGUGGUCCAUCACAACAAGACAGCCUGCCAACGCUUCAUCCAAAAAGAUUGCUAUUUCCAAUAAACAAGCCUUGACGAACCUUCGCAAAGGCUUUAUAAUUGUUAAUGCUAUUUAUUUCUUAUGGCGCGUCAUUUACCACUGGAGCUCAUUUACUUUUUCACAAUUCUUACUUUACAUACUCACAACUGGAUUGACUGUUAUAUUUUAUCGUAUCCUUGUCGCAUCUGGAACACCAACUUAUAGAAAUGAUGGCACAUUGAUCAGUAGUGGUGACGAUCUGAAUGCUGAAGGACUUACAGCUUACAUGUUUGACAUUAUCUAUGUGACAUGGUUUGUGCACAUGACAACUGCAUUCAUCUCCAACAAGUUUUGGUUCACGUAUUUAGUGAUUCCUGCUUAUGCCGCUUACAAGAUUAUCCCAAUGGCCAAGUCUUAUUUUGGAAACAGACCAACCAAUGAAAGUGAGCCAGCAGCAGAAGCAAAAUCAAAACGUCAAGCAAAGUUAGAAAAGAGAGCUAAUAAGGGACAUGUUAAAUAUGGAAGAGCAUAA